UCCGGCCUGCGGGCCGCAGGGCUCCUUCGGGAGGGCGGGCGCCACGGAGGCCGGAGUGGUCGCAGCUUGGGCGGAGGCCGGGCCGGGCGGGGUUGUAGGGCUUGGGCAGGCGGCGGGCUGCCCGGCGGUACAGCUGCGGCAGCCAGCCGGGGGCGUCCUGAGUUAGCGGACUGGGGCGCUGCCAGCUCCCGAGGGGGCCGCUCGGGCCCCUUCCGGCCCGGGUCUGGUCGGGCCGCAGGAGCAGGGCGGGCUGCGGCGCCCAGUCUGACCCUGGCCUAGGGACUAAGCGCCUGGCCCCAGGGCUGGCGGUGGGGCAGCCAUGUGUGGAUCUUGAAGCGCCAUGUGGUCUUCUGAAGCGCUUUUACAGUUCUGAAGGGCUUUAUAUUGCAAACUGAUCAAAGCGCUUUGUAGCCCCGGAAGCGCUUAGGCAUCCGCCAAGUAGCGCUGUGCAAAGUGAAGCGCUUCGUGAUCUCAAAAGCACGUUGUGGACUUGGAAACCAACAGAAGCCUUUAGUAAAUUUUGGAUCGCUUUGACUUCUCCGACACGGUUUGGCAUCUCUGAAACCUUGAGAACUGUGAUGGGCAGUGGAAAGAAGAGGGAAAGGUGCCCAUGGCGUCGGAGCGGGGCAAGGUCAAGCACAACUGGAGCAGCACGUCGGAAGGGUGUCCCAGCAAGCGCAGCUGCCUCGGGGAGCCCUGUGAUGUGGCCCCCUCCAGCCAGCCAGCUCAGAGGUCUGCAUCGCGUUCUGGAGGGCCCGGCAGCCCCAAGCGCCUGAAAGCCCAGAAGGGGGACGAUGUGGCUUCCUCGCGGAGGUUAUCCUGGGGCUCAUCCCGCCGCAGAAAUAGCUCCUCCUCCUCCUCCCCCCAUUUCUUGGGCCCAGGUGUGGGCGGGGCCGCCUCCAAAGGCUGUCUGAUUCGGAGCACUGGGGGGUUCCUGUCUUCAGGGGGAUCCCCUCUGCGUCCUGCCAACGCCUCUUUAGAAGAAAUGGCUUCUCUAGAGGAGGAAGCCUGCAGCCUUAAGGUUGAUUCCAAAGAUAGUUCUCAUAACUCCACAAACUCUGAAUUUGCAGCUGAAGCUGAGGAUCAGAAUGAUACAAUUGAGGAACCCAACAAGGUCCAGAAAAGGAAGAGGGAUAGACUUCGAGACCAGGGCUCCACAAUGAUCUACCUGAAGGCUAUCCAGGGCAUCCUGGGGAAAUCGAUGCCAAAAAGGAAGGGAGAGGCUGCCAUUCGGGCAAAACCAAGCACAGCAGAGCGUCCCAGCCGUGGAGAAGGACCAGCCAAGACUGCAGAAGGAGCAGCCAGGAGUGUCACAGUCACCACUGCUCAGAAGGAGAAAGACUCAACCCCAGAGAUCAGCGUGGAGGAGGACAAGACUGUGCCAGAGAAGAGCAGCUUCUACGACAGGAGAGUAGUUAUAGACCCUCAGGAGAAACCCAGUGAGGAGCCCCUUGGGGACCGCAGGACAGUCAUUGACAAAUGCUCUCCACCCCUAGAGUUCUUGGAUGACGCUGACUCUCAUUUAGAAAUCCAAAAACAUAAAGAUAGGGAGGUGGUGAUGGAGCACCCCUCUUCUGGAAGUGACUGGUCUGAUGUUGAGGAGAUGUCCACGGUCAGAUUCUCUCAGGAGGAACCUGUCUCACUGAAACCUUCAGCCGUUCCAGAGCCUUCUUCCUUCACCACUGACUAUGUCAUGUACCCGCCUCAUUUGUACAGUAGUCCUUGGUGUGACUAUGCCAGCUAUUGGACCAGCAGCCCCAAGCCUUCUGGCUACCCCUCCACAGGCAGUAACAGCAACGAUGCAGCCCAGGUUGGGAGGAGCAGCCGGAGCCACCUGAGUGAUUAUUCGCCUAACUCUGCAGGGAGCGUCCAGAACACCUCCAGAGACAUGGAGGCCUCAGAGGACGGCUGGUCCCAGAAUUCUCGUUCAUUUCGCUUCUCCAGAAUCUCAGAAGAAAGAGAGGUGAAGGAGAAAAGAACUUUCCAAGAGGAGAUGCCUCCACGUCCUUGUGGAGGGUACACAUCCAGCUCCCUGCCAAAGAGCCACCUGGAGCCAAGCCUAGAGGAGGGCUUCAUUGACACCCAUUGUCACCUGGACAUGCUCUAUUCCAAGCUGUCUUUCCAAGGGAGUUUUACAAAGUUCAGAAAAAUUUACAGCAGCUCCUUCCCUAAGGAAUUUCAGGGCUGCAUCUCUGACUUCUGUGAUCCUCGCACCCUGACAGAUGGCCUGUGGGAGGAGCUGUUGAAAGAGGAUCUGGUCUGGGGUGCCUUUGGCUGUCACCCUCAUUUUGCACGUUACUACAGUGAGAGUCAAGAAAGAAAUCUUUUGCAAGCCUUAAGGCACCCCAAGGCUGUGGCAUUUGGGGAAAUGGGCUUGGAUUACUCUUACAAGUGCACCACGCCUGUCCCAGAACAGCACAAGGUAUUUGAGAGACAGCUACAGCUGGCUGUGUCUCUAAAGAAGCCCUUGGUGAUCCACUGCCGAGAAGCUGACGAAGAUCUGCUAGACAUCAUGAAAAAGUUUGUGCCUCCUGACUACAAGAUCCAUAGGCAUUGCUUCACCGGCAGCUACCCGGUCAUCGAGCCCCUACUGAAGUACUUUCCCAACAUGUCUGUGGGCUUCACGGCAGUGCUGACGUACUCCUCCGCCUGGGAGGCCCGGGAAGCCCUGAGGCAGAUCCCACUGGAGAGAAUCAUCGUAGAAACGGAUGCUCCCUAUUUCCUCCCUCGCCAGGUUCCCAAAAGCCUUUGCCAGUAUGCCCACCCGGGCCUGGCCUUGCAUACGGUCCGAGAGAUUGCCAGGGUCAAAGAUCAGCCACUCUCCCGCACCUUGGCUGCCUUGCGUGAGAACACCAGUCGCCUCUACAGUCUUUAAGCAGAGAAGGGCGACCAGCAGCCUGACAGAACACAGGCUGGCUUGAAGUCUGUGUCUCAGGUCGAGGAUGUGUUUGGAGAACUGAUUGGAACACAGAAAACCAGGACAGGAUGUUUAACUCGAAGCGGGUCAUAAGGCUUCAGCUUGUGGGUGGGGUGGGGUGGGGUGGGUGUGGAAUGAGGGGUAUGGGGACUGCCUGUAAUAGCACUGGGGUUUUGCCUCCCAGCCAAAAUGCUCCAGGGUAGGCAGCAAAGAAGAGUGUGAUAUGAGGGUACAGUGAGUUUGGCAGUCCAAAUUCUGUUCUCUGCAGCCUGUGUUUUUGAGCAGUUUGUGAAUAAAGUCACCCGCCUACUCGUCUAAGCACAUGUGGGUGUGUAACUCAGUUCCUGGUUCUCAGUUCUAAAAACAGACUCCCAACUGGGAAAACCUUUUGGGGGAAAUUAACUGGAGACCUAUCUCAGAGGUUUAUUUGCUUGCAACCAGUAAAGUCGUUUUCUUUCCUUCCCUGGAUAACUCUUCAAUUGGACUGUCACUGUUCUGGUGUCAACUCCAGCGUCAGCACAGGCAGAGGGACUUCAACUGCUGGUCUCAUUGGUUUCACUGCCAUUGAUAUGGGGUGUGCAGAGGAGCGCUCAUUGUUCAUGAUGGAGAUCCAGGACAGACUGGGGGACUCCAGGAAGAGGCCUUCUUGGGGAAGAGGACCCCAAAGGAGGUACUUCCUACUCACUGAUGCCCUCAGGGCUGCUGUGUGGGUGUGUUAAGCUGAUAAGAUUCAGUUUGCGGCAGAAACUACCUGCUAGUCUUGUGUCAGGGGUUCCCAGCUUCCUUUUGUUUCACUUUUGCCUCUUUCUCUGGAACAUUUGACCAAAAUAAUCCUCAUUUCAUCUUGCGUAACAGUCCCUUAUGUGCCCUGCCCAGGUUGAGAGGUGAAUCAAUGUAGUUCUCUGAAGCUCUGCAGGGCAGCUCAGCCAUGUUAUAUUGUCUAUGCAGAAUAAGCAGGCCUGGUGUCCGCAAAUGUAGCAGUCCCUCUCCCCCUUCUCCUGGGUGCCCCCUUGCCUUUGCCUCUCCUGUGUCCUGUCUUUCUGUGUUUUAAAAGUCAGAGCCUCUCCUUCACCUUUUGAGCAACUGAGUCAUCUCAAGUCCUGAGCUCUGCUCUGCUGCCUGCUGGUGCCUUGUAAAGGUAUAUUCGUUACAGGCCCUAGAGGUUCUAAUGGUCCAGGGUUAAGUGAGAGGAGACUGUAUUUUGUUUCAAAGGAUCCUUCACCCUGAUCUCCUGCAGUGAGGUGGAUAGGUCACCUGGAGUCCCUCGUCUGUGUUCUUGGAGGCUUAAAUUGUAAAAUACGUCCCUUAUGGAAUCCUAAAUUCCUCUAGGUGUUUUUGGAAGGCACAUUUGAGCCUUGUGAGCUAAAAUGGAAUGGAUUUAAUAUUUCCUAUCUGGUAUUUCCGUCUUGCCCCUGGUACACAAGUCACUGGCCUGGAACUCAGCCUUGAUUCACUGUCUGUCUUCAUGGAUCAGCUGUGCCGUUAUGUUGUCUGUGCUACAGAUUUGCCCAUGUGGGAAGUCGGGGUGGGACCUGAUCUCCUACUUGGAAGAUUUGGGGACUGUUGAGUAUAUCAAAGUGCUUUAUUGUCACCAAGUGAACUGCAGCACAACCAUCUCCUCUCCACAAGCCCUGAAGUCAGUACUGCCUGCAGGUGAAACCAACCAGCCCUGUGUUAGAGGAGGAAAAGCGAUGAUGACGUGGAAGUCUCCAAGCCUGUGCCAUCCACCUGCCAAGGAAAAGCACAAGGUGCUAUCUACUUUUCUCUCUAGGAUUUAGAUGAUCAUUUAUGUGCUGUUACAUAGUGAAACCUCACCUGUGUGGGCGUGAAAGUUGGUUGGCAUUGUUUUUGAUUCAGCUUUUUGGAUGGCUGAUUGUUUUCACUGUGCUGCGGGAAUGCCUGUUUUUUUUCCCCUCUUUGGCCAUCUUUUUCUGAAAAUAAAGCGAUGGAUCCUCCAGCCAA